UUACAUUGGAGUAACUGGCUAAAGAGGGAUGUUAGUGUCAGGAUAGCUAUUCACAUCGGAUUAAAUAAAUCAAAUGUAACAUUUUUCGUUUACAUUCAACAUCUUUAUUGGUAAUACAUGGAUCUUUAUUUACUGGCAGAAAGCUAUUUAUUUCGUGUGUACGGAUUUUGUUAUGAUACAUGCUCGCUGUUGCAUUUCGACUGUGCACAGCUCAGUUGUCUGUGAAUCGUCGGUGUGUCAUUAUAGUAUCAGCCGUUCAGCUGUCAUAAAAGCACAUCUACCUUGACGUUUAAGUUUGACCCAUAGAUCAGAUUUUUGGAAGACUGUGUCAUCGUUACAUUAAAAAAUGGACGAAGAAAAUCAAGAUGACCAUGCUAAACUACAGACUGUGGCAUCCAAUUGUGCUUGCAUGAUGCAAGACAACACACAGGCACGCAAGAAAAUGCAGCCAGGAUAAUCUUUGAACACUCAACCGGGGGUAAAGAAGAACAUGUAAAUGUAUUUACCUGAGGAUCUCUCACUGGACGAGAGGGAUGAACUGUCAAAUAUCCGACGGAGGAAGCGGGAACUGCUGGAUGAUAUUGAGCGCUUAAAGUUUGAGAUAGCUGAAGUCAUGACUGAGAUCGAGCAGCUAACGUGUGUAGGAGAAAGCAAAACAACACAAAGAAACAAACAGAUUGCCAUGGGGAGGAAGAAAUUCAACAUGGACCCUAAGAAGGGGAUCCAGUUUCUCCUGGAGAAUGACCUUCUGCAGCACACCCCAGAAGACAUUUCUCAGUUCCUCUACAAGGGCGAGGGCCUGAACAAGACUGUCAUUGGAGAUUACUUAGGGGAGCGAGAUGAGUUUAAUCUCAAGGUGCUCCAGGCUUUUGUAGAGCUCCAUGAGUUUGCUGACCUCAACCUUGUCCAGGCCUUAAGGCAGUUCCUGUGGAGUUUUCGUCUGCCUGGUGAGGCUCAGAAGAUCGACCGGAUGAUGGAGGCGUUUGCCUCACGCUACUGCAGCUGUAACCCUGGGGUGUUCCAGUCAACAGACACCUGUUAUGUUCUGUCAUUUGCCAUCAUCAUGCUGAACACCAGCCUGCACAACCCCAACGUGAGAGACAAGCCCCCUGUGGAGCGAUUCAUCUCCAUGAACAGAGGCAUCAACGAGGGGGGGGACCUGCCUGAAGAACUACUCAGGAAUUUAUUUGACAGCAUCAAAAAUGAGCCUUUCAAAAUCCCAGAGGAUGAUGGUAACGACCUGACGCACACUUUCUUCAACCCAGACCGAGAGGGAUGGCUGCUGAAACUAGGUGGAAGAGUGAAGACCUGGAAAAGACGGUGGUUCAUUCUGACUGACAACUGCCUGUACUACUUUGAAUACACAACAGACAAGGAACCUCGUGGGAUCAUUCCUCUAGAGAACCUGAGUAUCAGAGAAGUGGAAGAACCCAGGAAACCUAACUGUUUCGAGCUUUACAACCCGAACCACAAGGGUUCGGUGAUCAAGGCGUGUAAGACAGAGGCGGAUGGCCGGGUCGUCGAGGGCAACCACACAGUCUACAGGAUAUCCGCUCCCACAACUGAGGAGAAAGAAGAGUGGAUCAAAUCAAUUAAAGCAAGCAUCAGCAGGGAUCCUUUCUAUGACAUGCUGGCAACCAGGAAGCGUCGAAUAGCAAAUAAGAAGUGAGGAGGACCAAGCAGUCACAACCACCCCAUCAUCGGUGACACCAGCAUAAGCCCCCUUCAGUCCAGGAGGUCUGGGAUUUGGGGAUUGACUUUUGGAUGCAACACCUCCCUCUCCAUUUCAACAAUAUGGAGAAAGGACAAGAUGAGGAAGGGCACUUGACUUUUUGGUCAUCAGUUUAUCUUCAGAUGUUGUGUGAAUGCAAUUCACACAACUGUAAUUUUUGUAAUAUGUGAAGUACCGUGUUUGGAUGUACAGUUGUAAAGAGGACACGAUGCAAAAAACGUCCCUGUAACAUGCACUACGUAUGGGACUGUGUGGGCUAACCAGCUGCCCCCACACACGUCCACAAAGACUGGGCUUUCCCCACAUUGAAGAAACAAGGGGCAUGGAUAUUGUGGGUAGCUCCACAUUUCCUUCUAGUGGAUAAGUUAGGUAUGAUUUGAAAGAAGAGCCUCAAACUUAUGAAUCAGCUGGUCUGAUUUUUCACCCCUGAAACAACUGUGAUACAAAUACACUAACAAAUACAGGGUUUAUUUUCUCAAUUUCCUUGUUUUAUCAUGGGAUACCAAUUAAAGUCAGUCCUUAUCAUAGAAAUAUUUCUAUGGUUAAGGUGACUUGUGAAGAAUUAUGCCAUUGUCUUAGAGCUAUAAUAUACUGUAAAUAACAGCAACAUUAAUUGUCAUGUUUAAACAGUUAAGCAAAGCUAGUUUGUGAAUUGAUUGAAAGUCCACCGCUAUAAAUCGGUCGUUUGUUUUUAAUAUUUAUUUUCUUGAAUUACAAAAGUUAAUUACCCCUUUACCUUGCGUGUGUAUAUAUACUGUACCUAUGUUUUUUGUCAUUUAUUUUUUGUGUUUCAGUAGCAUGUGAAAGCUUAGUCUACACCCGUUUGUUCACGUUUCAAAGUUAAGCAAUGAAUGCCAUGGACGAAACCAUAUACUCAAACUCCUAACAGAGGAUAAUUGUUAUAUUUCGAAAAUGAACGGACAAUAAAGUGUAUGAGCAAA